AUGAGUGAGGUUCCCGAAGUGGUAGUGGAACAUUGCAAUGGUGUGGAGACUGAGGCCGAGGCCACGGACGAGGCGCACCAGAACGGAGAUGACGGAUUGGCCAUUGAUCCCAAACUGGGCUGCCGUGUUCAUUUCCCGAGUGACGUCAUAAGAGAAACUGAGUGUAAGGUGCACUUGGACCGACCUGGUGAUGGUGCGGCGUCAUGUGUGGUGAUCACCAUGCGGCCGCCGCUGCCGGCUAACAGCUCUCCUUGCACGCUACCCUCUCCACGUGUUUUGGCCGAGGCCGCGGUACCUAAUUGCGCUUGGCCUGUAACUCCAGCUAAACAUCGGCCCUGCUGGGCCCCAUCUGUGGUUACGGAACGCUACACGCCGUACGCUCGAGUCUGCUUCUGGUCGGGAGGCGAGCUACACUUACUCGCCGAUUCGGGCUGUAUACUAGUUAGGGCUGAUAAUUGA